UUGGGGACUGGAUGCAGUUCCCGCUUGCGGAACGGCUCGGGAUGGAGGCGGCGCGCCACAGACUCGGGCCCGGCGGGGAUAGGGCCUUUGAAGAUGAAAAUAUGAAGCUCCGGCAGUUGAAAUUGGAUAAUCAGCGAGCUUUGCUAGAGAAGAAGCAGAGGAAGAAGCGUCUUGAGCCCCUCAUGGUGCAGCCAAACCCAGAGGCCAGGCUGCGCCGGUCAAAGCCAAAAGCUAGUGAAGAGCAGACCCCGUUGGUAGAUCCUCAUACACACCUUUGCAGUGAUGUGGUCUUGCACGGAAUUGAUGGCCCAGCUGCCUUCAUGAAACCAGAGGCUCAAGAUUUGAGAACCAAACUCCAUGUUCUCUCAGUAGGCUCUUCUACUACAGAAGAGGAGACUGAGGCUGACUUGGAUGGGGAGAAUAUUGAAGACUCUGUCUCGAAACCAGAUCUUCAGGAACUUCUCCAGAAACGUGGUAUCUCUGACACUUUGAACUUUGAUGAGGAGGUGACUGAUGGGGAGGAAGAAGAAGGAAAGAAAUCAAGAAUGAACUCACCUUCCUCAGAAACACAGCGUCCCAGUUCUGGAUCCAGCCAAAAAUCAGUCACAGAUACGGGAGCCUCCUGUACAGCAUCCCUUCAGGCUGAUAAUCAGCUGGGAGAAGUAGAAAACUUAGAAGAUUUUGCAUUUCGUCCUGCUCCUCGGGGGAUUACAGUGAAAUGUCGGAUCACCAGGGAUAAGAAGGGAAUGGACAGGGGCCUCUACCCCACCUAUUACAUGCACUUGGAAAGGGAUGAAAAUCGGAAGACGUUCCUUCUUGCUGGGAGAAAGCGAAAAAAGAGCAAAACAUCCAACUACCUCAUCUCCAUUGACCCAACGGACUUAUCUCGGGAAGGGGAGAGCUAUAUCGGCAAACUCAGGUCCAAUCUCAUGGGAACCAAGUUUACAGUGUAUGACCACGGAGUCAGCCCGACUAAGGCACAGGGCCUGGUGGAAAAGGCCCAUACUCGGCAGGAGCUUGCAGCCAUCUGUUAUGAAACCAAUGUACUUGGGUUUAAAGGUCCCAGGAAGAUGUCUGUGAUUAUUCCAGGGAUGAAUAUGAGUCAUGAACGAAUUCCAUUCCAGCCACGAAAUGAGCAUGAGAACUUGCUUUCCAAAUGGCAAAAUAAAAACAUGGAAAAUGUGAUUGAGCUACACAACAAAGCUCCAGUCUGGAAUGAUGACACUCAGUCCUAUGUCUUAAAUUUUCAUGGCCGGGUCACUCAGGCAUCUGUGAAGAAUUUUCAGAUCGUCCAUGCAAAUGAUCCUGAGUAUAUAGUCAUGCAGUUUGGACGUAUAGCAGAAGAUGUGUUCACUCUGGACUACAAUUAUCCCAUGUGUGCUCUCCAGGCCUUUGCUAUUGGGCUUUCUAGCUUUGACAGCAAGCUAGCAUGUGAAUGAUAGAAGACAGGUCAUGCCCUAAACUGUCUUACUCCAUGAAGCUAAAUUCAGGGAGAAAACAACUUCUUCUUCUAAGCCUGAAAGAGACCAGAAAAGCCAACCAGUAUCUUUUAGGUUGAUCCUGGCAUAUACGAAAAACUAUUCACUGGAAUUUCCAACCCCCACCAGGAAUGACAUGUCACCCAGUAUAAAUGAAAGAUUAUUCAAGCUGCAAAGAAAUUUUUACCUAUAGCACAUUAAUGAAGCUCACUUGUCCUGUGCCUCAGCGGUCUGUUUCUUCUACACCUGGAAUCUCUUGCAUCUGGCAUUAUGUUCAGGUUAUUUCAGGUACUUAUCUAUUUUCAGAAAGGAACAUUCCUAACAUUCUUUUGCCCCAUAUUGGUAACUCAUAACUACCACAGCUUUUAAAUAACAGUGGAACUUCUAUAGUUUGUGCCUGUGGUCCUGAGCUCAUAAAUGGGAGGACUGAGUAUGUACAAAAAGCUUCCAUCACUGCUGUUGCUUCCUUUUACUAUCCUAUAGAUUAAAUGACCAAGCCAUGAAGCUUAUGUGUCCAUUUGUAACCAGAUUUUGACUUGUUCGAAGAAUGAUGAUUUCCAGAAGACGAUUUACUAGGACCAGAGAAAUACAAAGUGACUCAUCACUUUGACACUUCACCAAUGGCUCAUGUAUGCUGACUUAUUUUUGGGAAGAAGCAGCAUCCAUCAUUCUUACCCCCAUCCUAAAAGAAGUGCUCCAGUUGGCCAAAGCUAUCAAAUUUAUAACCAAUGAAGUCACAGUUUAAUAUAAUUGUCUUAAUUUCAUGUAUAGAUUAAAAUCCUUUCCUUCUCUGAAUGAUGCCAAUGGUGCCUUGAAGGCACAAGUUCAGUGGUUUUGCAGCUACCCUGAUUUUCAGCCCAGAGGUGCCUCCUUCUAUGUGGGUUUCUGUGGAGCCAUUCACCAAGGGGAUGUAGUCUCCAACAGGAAGUAUAUUUUAAAGCUUGCAGCUGUCUUGUUAGUUUAAAAGAUAAAAGGAAAAAAAAAAAGGUGGCAGUGAUAAGUUUUUGAUCUUGUACAUUUUGGUGGCCCUAGAAUUAAUUGUCUUAUUAACCUACAGCCCUCAGAUGGGCAGCGUUUGGCUCUUUCUGGCAUAAAUAUUACUAGCACUCAGUGUCCUUUGUACACUUGCUCAGAGUGUCACCAAAGCCUUUGUAUCUUGGUAUAACUUGCCUUUUCAUUACAAUACACAAAUUGUAGUAUCUUUGUUUCACUUGUUCUGUUUAUUAGAAAAUCCCAAUAAAUCAAGUAGUAACUCUUGCAGCAAAAUUUAGAAAUUAGUUGUCAGUACAAACCAAGGACCAUUGUAUUUCCCCACUUCAGCCUUUUUAAAUCUCCACCCAGUACUUUCCUGUUUCCUCUGCUCUCCAAGUCAGAAAGCCAAGAGUAGAAAAUUAGUCCAGGACAAACCCAGCCGAUCUUCUCUUUGUUAAGUUAUUUUCAUUUUAGGCCUGGCUCCUCCAGUCAAGUGCCUCAUCAAUAAGUGCCCCAGUGCCCUUUAGACCUCAGUCACUAACGUGCUUCCUUCCAGACAUUAUAAACUGGUAGCAAGCUAACUUUGUUCCCUUGUCUUCAGCUAUUGAGAAUAGCAAAACCUGGAUGCUAGGAGCCAUCCCUGAGGCUAUAAAUUUAAUCCCUAUCCUUACCUCUCUUGCUUUUCUUUUGAUCUUCAGAAAACUCACCCAACUCUUAACUUUCUGCUUGAGGGUCUAGAAAAAUGCCUUCCCCCCCACUCCACUCUGGUUUUACAUGAAUCAUAUUUAUA